CUGGACCUGUAGGUGGCGGACGUCCUUCCGGUCCCGAGUCGGAGGGGUAAAGGACGUCCUCCAGGGCAGUUAGCUCCGCGGAAGGCCGGAGGCGGGAAAAAGUUGAGUGGGCGGGGUCAAGAGUGAAAGGUCGGAGGGCCGUGCAGGGGGCGGAGCGAGGCGGAGGUGGAUGGCGGCUGCCGCAGCUCCUCCUCAUCUUCCGAGGUGAAGGCGCUGAGGUCAGAGCGCGUGUCGGGCGCUUCCAGCGGAGGGAGGACAGUGGCGGCCGCUUCCAACAUGCACAGCCUGGCGACGGCUGCGCCUGUGCCCACUGCACUGGCUCAGGUGGAUAGAGAAAAGAUCUACCAGUGGAUCAACGAGCUAUCCAGUCCUGAGACCAGGGAGAAUGCUUUGCUAGAGCUCAGUAAGAAGCGAGAAUCUGUUCCUGACCUUGCACCCAUGCUGUGGCAUUCCUUUGGUACUAUUGCAGCACUUUUACAGGAAAUUGUAAAUAUUUACCCAUCUAUCAACCCACCCACCUUGACAGCACACCAAUCAAACAGAGUUUGCAAUGCUCUGGCAUUACUUCAGUGUGUAGCAUCACACCCCGAAACCAGGUCCGCAUUCCUUGCAGCACACAUCCCACUUUUUCUGUACCCGUUUUUGCACACUGUCAGCAAAACUCGACCUUUUGAAUAUCUUCGGCUAACCAGUCUUGGAGUGAUUGGGGCCCUGGUAAAAACGGAUGAACAGGAAGUAAUCAACUUUUUAUUAACAACAGAAAUUAUCCCUUUGUGUUUGCGCAUUAUGGAAUCUGGAAGUGAACUUUCUAAAACAGUUGCCACAUUCAUUCUUCAGAAGAUCCUCCUAGAUGACACUGGUUUGGCUUACAUUUGUCAAACAUAUGAGCGUUUCUCCCAUGUUGCCAUGAUCUUGGGUAAAAUGGUCCUGCAACUGUCCAAAGAGCCAUCUGCACGUCUUCUGAAGCAUGUAGUAAGAUGUUACCUUCGCCUCUCAGAUAAUCCCAGAGCACGUGAAGCACUCAGGCAGUGCCUUCCUGACCAGCUGAAGGACACGACCUUCGCCCAGGUGCUAAAAGAUGACACCACCACGAAGCGCUGGCUUGCACAACUGGUGAAGAACCUGCAGGAAGGCCAGGUCACUGAUCCCCGCGGCAUCCCCCUGCCCCCUCAGUGAUCCUCCCCUGUCCUCCUCCACCUACUACUUCCCCAAGUUGGGGACAGGAGCAGGAACCAGCGAGGAGAAACAGCUCAGGUUUUAUCGCCGACCCGGAAUAGACAACCUCAAUGCUGAACUGCACUGGAGCAAGGGGGCAGGGUGCCCUGGCUGAGGGUGUGAGCUGCCAUCUUGGGUGGCCCCAAGGACCUGGGCUCCCUCUGUGACUCCCAGGAAAUGGGCUUCUGAGAUAACAGCCGUUCCCCACAGCCCCGGAGGGUGUCAACACCAGCAAAUGCUGUCUUGGCAGCAAGCCCACGAUGACUCUUCUCCCCACCUCUACCUGGCCAUUGGCAGGCAGGGGAGACAGUGGCGAGAGCAGCGCUCUAGGCAUGGUGAACGCCUGGGACCAAGCCAUGUGGCAUUUUUUAUUUUGCCUUCCUGGAAGACUCAAGAUGUGUCUCUUCAAUCUCCCUCUCAGUAUUUGUUUACUUUUUUGUUUUGUUUUGCUUCAUUUUUAAUCUCAGAGAGAGGUGUGUUCAGUGGACACAAGCUGUAAUAUUCAGCAAAACGUUGUCAAUUGGCACUGUUUACAAGUCUGUUAGCUGCAUAAUUUCAAUAAAAAGUUGGUCUGGGUGUUACAUCCCCUACAGCAGACCAAUAGCUUCAGGAGCUGUUGGGAGGACCGGGAAGCAGAGGGAAGAUAAUCCAAGCCAAAGGACAGCAUGAGCCUCCGCUUAUCUCCCUUCCCUUUCCCUUUCUUCUCCCAGUCUGGAUGCCACAAGGACCUUAACUAUGCUCUGGCUUUAGCUGCUAGCUUUUCCAAAUCUCGGUACUUUUCCUUUUUUAACUCCCCUUUAUUAACCAUAAAUCUUCUUUUUAAUUUACCAGGCUGUCCUGGAAGGGCUUUUUUUUUUUUUUUUUGAGGGGGGGGAGAGGGCAGGGAGGCAGGGGGGUAGAAGAUGGCAGUGGACUUUAACUUCAAGUCCUCAAAGAUAUUUUCUAAAUGACAUUGUGAAGAGUGGUACCUGAUUGUACUUAAUGCAGUAUUGACUGAUGGACUAAAUGAGCUACUUUCAUCCAGAUUUAAGAUAGAGGACUGGACUCACUCUUUUUUCUUUUGGACACGUUCCCUUUUUAUCUGUGGGAAUUACAGGGCUGUCACUAAGAUAUUUUCCACUUGUUCAUAUUGUAUUAGAGAAUUCUUCUUCCUUCUCUGGAGCUUUAAAUAACUGUGUUCAUAGUCCAGAGACUUGAGUCUAUAACCCAGUAUAAACUGCCUUGCUUUGCGUCUAGCCAUCCCCCUGCUAAUACCAGUUCUCUCCCUCAUUUCCAUCUCCAAUCACAGAUGGGAUUAUUAAUCCAACCCUACUGAGGGACCAAGUGUUUUCUGUUCACACCUCACACUUUUAGAAGUAGCUGAACAAGCUUGGUGAAAGUCUAUAAGGGCCAACUGUUAAAAAAAUAAAUAAAUAACUUUGCAGGAGGCAGUUUUGCCAACACAAGGGCUCUUUCAAGCCGACUUUCACAAAGGGAGUCGGCCUUGUUAGUUGGCUUCUGUCUCUUUAGAGCCAAGAAACUAGUAAUUACAUAACCUAGACGUGUGGGAAGGGUAGACUAAGUGCUUAUUCUCCUGCUUUCCAAAAUAAAGCAGAGAACCAGGCCAGCUCUCCCCAAUGUCAAGCCUGAAGACAAGAGGUCUUGGAGCAAGCUGAGGAUAGUGUGACUAGACAGACAUCCUGACUCCCUUUGGCCCAUAGUCUAGCUUCUGGAAAGUCCAUCUUGUGUAACCCUGAUUUUUGCCAACCACCUUCUUGCUGAGCCAAAGUUAAUCAUUCCCCCUCCACCGGGGAGGCGACUAAGGCCCAGGGCCUUGCUCCCUGGGAAAUUACCUUCUCCAUCUUUUGGUGCAUUGGCCAUGUUACUGUGCCAAUAAUGUCUUAAUUCUUGUCCCAUCUAUUCUCAGCUGGCCUCAGACCCCACAGUAUUGGGGGUGGGGGGUGGCUAUGGAUCUGAUUCCUAAUGUUGCGUGUGUAUAGGUAAUCCUUGUGUUUUCCAUCCUUCUUGCUCCCUCAACAGGAUUAAAAUAAAAUAUGCUUCUGUUUUUAUAAAA